AUGGCAGAGAGCAACACAAGAGUCGUGAAUGACCCGACGGAAGUGAAUGAAGGCAAACAGCAUAAUUUCACAAAUGAAGAUGGACACAGAGUCGUUUCAAAGACUGAAGAGAAUUUCACACAAAAACAAGCUGGAAGAUCUGGAGACAAAGGAUCUUUCACCUGUUCUGCGUGUGGAAAGAGUACCUUAUUUAAAUCACACCUUAAGAUACACAUGAGAAUUCACACUGGAGAAAAACCGUUCUUCUGUUUUGAGUGUGGAAAGAGUUUUAUAGAUAAAUCAGCCCUUAACCGACACAUGAAAUCUCACACAGGAGAAAAACCGUUCACAUGCUCUCAGUGUGGAAAGAGUUUCGGACAUAAAGGACACCUAAAUGAUCACAUGAAAAUUCACACUGGAGAAAAACCAUUCACCUGUUCUGAGUGUGGAAAGAGUUUCAGUCGCAAAGAGGACGUAAAUGUGCACAUGAGAAUUCACACUGGAGAAAAUCUGUUUAACUGCUCUGAAUGUGGAAAGAGUUUCAUUCAGAAAGGACACCUUAAUGUGCACAUGAGGUCUCACACUGGAGAGAAGCCUUAUACAUGCUCUCUGUGUGGAAAAAGUUUUGGUUACAAAAGCGUUCUCAAAGAUCACAUGCUCUUUCACUCUGGAGUGAGAUCAUUCAGCUGUGAUCAGUGUGAGAAAACAUUUGUUUUGGCAUCAAGCUUAAAUACACACCUUAAAACUCAUGCUGGUGUAAAGCCUCACGUGUGUUCUUUUUGUGGAAAGAGUUUUAUACGACUGCAAAAUUUAAAAGAACAUGAGAGUAUUCAUACUGGUGUGAGACCUUAUGAGUGCUUUGACUGUGGGAAGACCUUCAUUAUAUCAAGCAACUUAAAAUCACAUCAGAGAGUUCAUACUGGAGAGAAACCGUACAAGUGUUCACACUGUGGAAAGAGUUUCACUCGGUCGGAUUCCUUGAAAGCUCAUGAGAGAGUUCAUACUGGAGAGAAGCCAUACCAGUGCUCUUCAUGUGGGAAGAGUUUUACCCGAUUAUCUACUCUACGGCCUCAUUGCCGGAGUUGUCUAGCCUAAUUGAGGGCUUCCCAACCACUGUGCCGCGACAGGUUGUCAGAUGUGCCAUGGAAAAUGAUCAAAUUCCAAAAAAUAAAUGCUAUAAAUUAGGGGUGUGCACUCGAUCUGUAAUUAUUAUUCGAAAAAUAAAAUACUACUCGAAUUUUACUACUUUACUAGUAAAGUUUACUAGUUUACUACUUUACUUUACUACUUGCUUUGCUGGCCGUAAAUGCAGUGACUCCUUGAUAAAG